GUCUCUCAGGCGUCGUUUCUUCUUAUGAAUAUUGUUUCGUUUACGAGCCGAUGACCUGGACCGAUCUCAGAGGUACUGCAGGAGGACCAACUCAGACCUGGCUACCAUAGCAACCAUGGAGGAUGUGGACAAGCUGAACAAGAUGGCGGUCAUGAACAACAUGGUCUACACUUCUUUCAGCUACGUAUGAAAUAAAACAUCAGAGGCUUUCACUUCCUCUGGAGUCACAGCAGAAACAGGAAAACAGAUCCUGGAGAAAAUAUGUUUCAGUCAUGAUGAGAUACAGACAGGAGCCACAAACCAGGGAGCCAGAGCAGAACAAAAACCAUCAAACCAGGAAAAGUCCAGCAGAGAAGAAACAGAAAAUAACAGAGAAAAGAAAAGGAAACAUUUACAAAAGUGAGAGGGACAGGAAAUAAAUCUAUGUAAUAAUAACUAGAGCCAAUUCAACGAGAGCAACAAAGACUAAGAAAGAAACACAAUAAGAACUGAACUGAAGUAAAACUAGACUGGUCUAGUCAAAGAACACAGAAAAUCAAAGUAGAAUGAAACGAUCAAAACACCAAAAACAUUUCAACAUGAUCACCAAGAGAGAAAGAAAGAAAUGAAAACAGAUGAUUCUCAGGAGUUUUGAUUUUUAUUCAUAAAAUCACAAAGAAAACAAAGAACCGGUUCUCUCUGCGUGAAUCAGAACGUUCCUGUGGUUUCAGAGAGCCUGGAUCGGACUGUAUGAUGACGUAGACAGCUGGCGCUGGUCCAUGUCGGACUCUGGGUUCUACAGAACCGGAGAGGAUUCGUUCAGGAAGUGGCAGAGCACCGAGCGCUGCGGGAUGGUGACCGCGGGGGGCCUGUGGCCCGUCUGCGCCAACAUCACCGGGUCCAGUGUGAGUUUGGUUCUGGUCCGGUCUGGGAUGAACUGGACGGAGGCCCAGAGCUUCUGCAGGAAGCAGCACUCGGACUUGGCCAGCAUCAGGAACGAGUCCGAAAACCAGCAGGUCCAGCAGCUGGUGCCGGCAGGAACCAAAGUCUGGGCCGGACUGUACCGAGACGGCUGGAAGUGGUCGGCCGGGAGCCGCUCAUCCUUCAGCUACCGGAGGAGAACCGAGCCCAACAACAAGGAGAAGAAGUGUGUGUUGGCCACGUUUGACGCUCUGGGGAAGUGGGAGGACUGGCGGUGUGACGUAAAGAAAACCUUCAUCUGCUCCUCCAGUGAGUCUUCCUCAGCCUCUCUGUCGCUCUCCGAGGGCGGCGCUGCGUUAGGAGGAGGAGAGGCAACGCAACAAGAUUUGGUGGAAUAAGUUUUAUUGGUGCUGCAGGUCAUCAAUACACCGACACUCAUUUCUCUGCACAGCAGCUGGAUUUAUGUUUUGGCCACUUCCACCCACCAGGUGACAGACAACAAUAAAUUAUUUACAAACCCAACACAAAAUAAAUGGUACAAAUAAAUAUUUACAUGCUUGCAAAUUAGAAACAACUAGUCCUAAAGUCAAUCAAGAAAUUAAAUCAAACUUAAUAAAACUUCAGAGCUUCAUCCUGCUAAGGAGACACAGCAGGAAGGUGAAACCCAGUUAACACAACACACAAACUGAAAUAAAGAAAUGAAACAAAAAGUAUCUGUUCUAUAAAUAAAUAUCAAUUAAUAAUGAUGGAGCCCCUGGUCUUCAUCACACUCUUCCUCCUGGUCCCUCUGCCUGUCGCUCAUGAACCGUUUUGCUGUCACAGCUGCUGUUUUUCAGAAAGUCGUGUCUGUGAAGCUGGAGAAAACCUCCGGCCUGGAUCUGAACUCUGCAGCAGUGAUGGAAGAGCUGCUGACUCAGGUACAUGGAGGUUAAGUCUCAUAAACGGUCAGGACAUUCUGACAGCUUCAACAUUCAGUUACGUUCUGCAGCUUUAAACAUGUUUGUUUUCAUGACUCUGAUUUUGCAGCUUCAUGCUGAAUAGAAACGCAGCGGAUGGAUCCAGUCACAGGUUUUCCUCCUGCAGAGAGAACCUGAAUAUUAAUCUGCAUAAAUGUGAUCAUUCUUCCUCUUCCAGCUGCUGCUGAAGCUGAAACAGGAAGGACUGGAUGCAGACGUGCAGCUGAGCUGGAGGAAACAGUCGGACGGAAACGUUUUCCACAAACUGAAGGAGAAAAACCCGACGUCCGUCUGAGAGGAUCUGCUGCUUUCAGGUUCAUAAGUCUGAUUGUAAAAUGUUCCGGCCUUCAGCAGUUCUAUUUAUUAUGUUCCUUUAGAGUGAAUGAAACGUUCAUUCAGGCAUUAAAACAGAUGUAUUUAGUUCCAGAUGUUGGUUUUUGUAUUUAUGAUUAAUUUUACUCCUAAUGUUUGAAAAGCAAUAAAAACAAUAAAGUUCAAAACGUGUCUGUCAGUGAGAGAAACGAUGAAGAUUCAAAGAUCGAAGAAACACAAGAAUCCAAAAUCCAGGCAGCACAGAAUGAGUGGAAUAGCAACAGGUGGGGGAGGGGCACUUUGACUGUGAGUAACAGUUAAAAUGGUUCAGGUUAAACUGCUAAAAUGCACCAUGAGAGCAGGGAAUUAUGGGUAAUCCUCAGAGCCAUGAGGGUCACUGACAGCUGACCCUCUGCUUGGGAAAAAGAAACAUUAUUUAUACAUUUUAUAAAAUGGUUUUUGUUUUUGUAUAUUAUUGAAAUAUGUUUAAUCUGGAUCACACUCUUCUGCUUUAACGUCGUUUUGAUUGGAAAUGUUCAGUUCUGGAGACAAAAUGGUGGGAUUUCCCAGCAGUAACGUCCACAGACUCAAGUUAAAACCAUUAAAACAACUGGUGCCAGUUUCAGCCACCAGAACCACAGAGGUCACACUUGUUCUCUGACACGACGGCGCCUGUCGGUCAGUUCAGUGGCUGACCGAAGCCAUUUGUCCCAAAGUAAACAGUAAACAUCCUGACCUGGAGGACG